AUGAAUUAUCUCCAUCAGAAAGGCGCUUGUUCUCUCCCUGACGCAGAGCUUCGGGAUGCGUUGAUCGAGAGCUAUAUCGACUACAUCCACCCAUGUUAUCCGUUCCUCGACCUGGACCUGUUGGACAAAGCCCUUUGUGGUAACUCAGAUCAGCAAUUCAGCCUCCCUGUUCUCCAAGCGGUCAUGUUUGCGGGAUCAUCCUGGGUUGAUAUCAAGUUACUGAGGAGGCGAGGCUUCCUGACCAGGAAGGCCGCGCGGAUGACCUUUUAUCUAAGAACCCGGUUGUUGUAUGAUUUAGAUUAUGAAAAAGACCCUAUGUGCAACAUUCAAACACUCAUUCUCCUGUCGCUCUGGUGGGAAGGACCACCCCAACACAAGGAUGGCUGGCACUGGCUAGGUAUCGCCCUUUCUCUCGCCAGAGCCAUCGGAUUGCAUCAAGACAUCAAUAACCAAUAUCUGAAGCCGAAAGCUCGCGCACUAAGACGACGCCUGUGGUGGAGUUGCACGAUCAGAGACACGUUUGCCUCAAUUGCAACGAAUCGAGUUCCACGGAUCCGAGACUCGGAUUUUCGGGUGACACCCUUAACUCUAGAUGACUUCGAAAUAAACGUCCAUUCACGGCCCAACGACCAAAAUGUGAGAGCAAAAUCUCUAUAUCUACAGAGGCAACAAGCAGCGGUCUGCAUACAAACAGCUAGCAUAUGCAGAAUUAUCACCAGGGUGCUCCUCAAGGCUUAUCACGAGACAUCAACGGGAAAUAUCGAUAUUUUAUACUUUAAUUCUUUCCCUAAACAUCGGAGAACUCAUAUUGAGCCGCGCGAGCUGAGGGAGAUCGAAGAUGACUUUCGUGGAUGGCUGGAGAGUGCGCCUUCCGAAGUGUUACACGUCGGUCCAAUGCCUUCACGAUCGGAUGCGCACGAAAGGGCACUAUUUGUGCACCGCGCACUACUUUCCAUUUUGUAUCACACUGGUUUCGUCUUGAUACAUCGACAGAGGAGCCUUCCAUCUGGCGGGCCCGACGAACGGAACGCAGCCCAACAAAUUGAAGGUGCACCACGUGCAAUAGUUCGAGAAGCCGCCAUACAGGUGAACAAAAUCAUUAUGGAUGCUUAUGCAGCAGAUGUGAUGAAGGAAAUGCCCCCCACUGUGAUAAGCUGUCUCUUCCCAAUAAGUAUCAGCCAUAUUACCGACAUGAAAAGUGAUGACCCCAUGCUACGCUACGAAGGACGUCAACGGCUGGAAGAAUGCAGACAAGCCCUUCGGGAACUUGUGGAUGGCCAUCUUGCUGCAGAAUGGGCGGUUAACUUCUUGAACUAUGUCGAGUCCAAGCUUAAUGCUCUACCGGAUCUGACAAAACGGGUAUCAGCUGCGGUCUGUGGAAAGGCCCCAUCAACUGUCCCAGAAAAGACGUCCAUGACUGGAUAUGACCAAUGUCAAAGAUGUGGACAGGAUCGAUGUCGAAACGCCGAAGGUGAUACUGCAAUUCAAGCUGCGGUUAGUGAAGAGCCGAAGUCCAUAGACUUUGCACUUACAAACCUGGACGAGCAACUUACCACUGCACACAGUCCCUUCUUGUAUGUCCAUACACCGGAUGGGUUUUCGGACUUGGUCAACUUUCCGGACGCGUGGUUGGGUGGGCCAGAUGCACAGAACAGUGCAUCUGGCGGGGUAUUGGUUGAGAAUGACACUAUAUCCAUGUCCUUUGCAUAA